AUGGGCACGGCCGACGACGCCCCUGCGCCGCCCACCAGCGCGCCCACUGCCGCCCACCAGCACGCGAUGACGCAGCCCAUGGUUGAUGAUUUUGGCCUGCCCAUAAAGCGCUUUCCGACACCGACGCCCGAAGACGCUGAUACAAACAAGCCGGACGCAGAGACAGCCCCGGCACCGGCUGCUCAGGAGGCACAGUCGAAGCUGAAACCUAAAGAACCUCCCGCUCCGCCCGCAACUCGGGAAGCUUCCGCAGAGGAGCAGCCCCAGCAUGCCGCUUCCAACGGCGACGUCAAGCCGACUCCCACCCCGGCUAAAGCGACCGACACGGAUAGCGAGAACGAUGAAGCCGACUUCAAAGAUGCGCAGACUGCCAUCGAACCCGAGGCGGCACCUGCUGCGGCGCAGAAACAAGAUGCGGUGAAGAGGCCUGAUGCGGCGGACGAGAAGGAGGGCGCUACAAACUCCAGUGAAGCUACCAUAAAACCCGAGAUGGGGCAAACGACAACAGGGGCCACCGCACCGGUCGCGCCGUCGCAAACGUCUGAGCAAGUCGAAGAGGAAGGCCCCGUCAUCCUCACCGACGCUGCCGAUAAACCAAGACCCGAACGACAAUCUAUCGACUCACGAGCCGACGGAAAGAACGAGAAAAAGCAUCGCACACGUGCAUCGACUGGCGCCGCGAGCCACGGUCGCAUGAGUCAGGAUCUCGGCGCCGCUGCUUCCUCGGCCAACGCGAAAACUGGGCACCAUCGUGAUACCAGUGUCGCUAGUAACGGCAUAGUUGUCUCGGAGUUCUCUCACCAGCAGCUUUCGGUGCAACCCGAGAAUCAUAAGGAAGAUGAAGAUGAGGGCUGGCAAGAAAUGCCAUCCUUUGCACCAUACGACAUGUAUAAUGACGACAACAAGUUGAUAGCCCGUGAGAUGAAGGAGGAUGACGUCGAGGCCGACGGUUAUGCCGGUCUGGGUGGCGCCGGAAAAGGCUACACUCGGGUAGUCAUGGACGAGGAUGCCGAGUCAGCCACCAGCAUGGACGAGCACACGCAAUAUCUGUUCAAAGACGCCAACGCCGGCGGCACGAGCAUGAAUGACGAGGACGCCCGGGACGCCGUGUCGCAGAUGCAGGCCACCAAGGACCUCUUGACCGAGGGCCAGCGUAUCGCCUACGUCGGUCUCGUUCGUCUGGAGAUUGCCAAGCUCGUCGUCGAGGCGGAAAAGGUGGAGGCGACUAGGAAGCUGAAGAAGAUGGUCAACAUGUCCACCGAGGCGACCAAGAUGUGGGGACAAAAGAUGAUGAUUCGGCUGUAUGCCCACAUGGAUAUCAGCGAGGCCGAGCAGGUCAUGAUUGAGCAGCUGGCCGAGCACGGUGUCCAGCCGGGCGACCUGACGCCGACUCUGCUCGCCAACUCGCGGGUCAAGAAUCCCAUGGCCGACUCGAAGCGAAGCUCGGUGAUGAGCUCGACACCUUCGGACGAGCGGCCUGCGGAGGCGCCCCCGCCAUAUGAGGCGACCGAAUCUGAUCACGUACCGGACGUGCAGACGCCCUCCCAGAUGCCUCAUACCGAAAAGAUUGAUAUCGAUCUGCGGUGGACCGUGCUGUGCGACAUGUUCCUCGUCUUGAUCGCCGACUCCAUCUAUGAUGCGCGGUCGAGGAUUCUGCUGGAACGCGUGGCGCAAUCGCUCGACAUCAGCUGGAUCGACAUUUGCCGGUUCGAGAAGCGAGUGACUGAUGCGCUGGAGAUGCAGCAGGCGGCGGAAAAGGAAAACUGGAACGAGGAAGAGCACAUGGAGGAGCGCAGAAAGCAGGCUCUAAAACGCCGAUAUAUGAUGAUGGGUCUGGCUACUGUCGGCGGUGGUCUUGUCAUCGGUUUAUCGGCCGGUCUGCUGGCGCCGGUUAUCGGUGCCGGUCUCGCGGCGGGCUUCACCACCAUCGGUGUAUCCGGUACUGGCAGUUUCCUUGCAGGAGCGGGAGGAGCGGCCAUCAUCACGUCGUCGGCCGCCGCGUCGGGCAGCUUUAUUGGUGGGCGCGCCGCGGGCCGACGGACGGGUGCUGUCAAGACGUUUGAGUACCGACCGCUGCACAACAACAAGCGCGUUAACCUGAUAGUCACCGUGUCUGGUUGGCUGACGGGUAAGAUGGAUGACGUCCGUCUACCGUACAGCACGGUCGACCCCGUCAUGGGCGAUCUCUACUCGGUGCUGUGGGAGCCGGAGAUGCUGCGCAGCAUGGGUGACACUAUAAAUAUCCUGGCGACGGAAGCCCUGACACAGGGACUGCAGCAGCUCCUGGGAAGCACGAUUCUGAUGAGUUUAAUGGCUGCGCUGCAGCUACCACUAGUGCUGACAAAACUGUCAUAUCUCAUCGAUAACCCGUGGGCUGUCUCGCUGGACAGAGCAACCUCUGCAGGCCUCAUCCUGGCAGACUCGAUCAUUGAGCGUGGCUUGGGUACUCGACCCAUUACGCUGGUCGGCUACUCCCUUGGAUCCAGAGUCAUCUACUCGUGCCUACAAGAGCUAGCCAAGAAGGGCGCCUAUGGUCUUGUGCAGAACGUCUACAUCUUCGGGUCUCCGGUGGUGGUGAAGAAGGAGGAAUAUAUCAAGGCCCGCACGGUCGUGGCCGGCCGGUUCGUCAACGGGUACAACCGAAACGACUGGAUCCUGGGUUACCUGUUCCGGCUGACCAACGGCGGUAUCCGUAAAGUAGCUGGCUUGGGGCCCAUCGAAGACUGCCCGUGGAUCGAGAACAUGGACGUGACGGAGCUGGUGGCUGGCCACAUGGAGUACCGGACGGCAAUGCCCGUGCUGCUGAUGAAGUGUGGAUGGACGGUGACGAGCGAAGAGUUUAGUGAAAUCGAAGACCCGGACCCGGAAAACCACGGCGAGCGGCAGCGGGAGCUCAUCAACGAGAUUGAGGAGGCGCGCAAGGAACUGGAGAAGGAGGAAAAGGCCAACAACGGCAAGUCGCGGUUCAGUCUCUUCGGUCGUAAGAAGAAGGCGGACAGGGAAGAAUGGGAAGUCUACGAGGAGAGCAAUGCAGCCGCGGACGGGGCCAAGAAUGGCAACGGCGGAGCGACCAAGGCAUCGUCCAACUCGGGUGUGCUGUUCGACAUUGACGCCAUCCGGGCGGAGCUGGCAAAGGAAGAAAACUACAGAGAGCCUGAUCCGGAGGUGCUGCAGAUCAAGGAGAUUCAGUCGACGCUGCCGCCGAUGAAGCUGGACAUUGCGGCCCCAACAACGGCGCCGUCAUCUGGGCCGACGUCGGCCAGGUCGACGGUGAGCCAGCUGCAGGGCGCGAACGCGCGGCGAGAGACGCAGAGCGCCGAGGCACUCCCGAUACGGCCGUCGGCACUGGGCGCCGAGGGGCACGCGGUGACGCGCAAGGCGAGUUGGAACAACGGGGUGGUGGACACGGCGGCGUACCACGCGGAGGCGGACUACGGGGCGGACGAGGGGGAGAUUUCCAUGACGUUUGACACGUCGUUUCACGACGAUGGCGGGGUGUCGAUGGCGGACGAGGCGCUGACGCGACCGGGGCUGACGACGGCGAAGACGCUGCCGGUGAUGGCGCUGGCGGAUCCGUGGUCGGAGGAGGCGGGAUCGCAGCGGCAGCACCAGCACCAGCACCAGUAUGACGAUUUGGAUGACGAGGACUUUGGACAGGAAAAGGAGAUUUCCAUGACGUUUGCAUAA